AUGAAUGGACAGGACUGGAGCAGGGGUAUGAAGGCAAUUGUUACUGUAUUCCAGAACCUGUCAUCAUUUCAUGUUUUCUCACCUGGAGUGAAGAUGGUGAGUGUGGGGGUAGGUACAAGGUCAGAUUGGGUAAGAAACUCCAGUCCGGGAUCUGGAACUUAUAUAGAGACAGAUGAGGCUGUCUUGCGAAGAAGGCAAAAGCAGAUAGAUUAUGGGAAAAAUACCAUUGGUUACCAGCACUUUGUCCAACAAGUUCCCAGGAUGGCUCGCCAAUCAGGUAUUCAUCCCUGUACCCCAAAUAAAUAUAAGAAGUACAGUCGUCGCUCAUGGGACAUGCAGAUUAAGCUUUGGCGAAGGGCACUUCAUGGUUGGGAUCCACCUGGACAUGAGAGGGAAGAGCUGGUGACCAAAAUGGAUCUUUUGUCUAAUCUCCCAAACGACUGGUUUGAUGCUCAGUGUAUUCAGGAAAAUAUUUGUAAAGAAGUCCUAGGAGAACAGAUUUCUGGAUUGUCAUCUUCUGGCCAUUUUUAUCCGCUGCUUCAGGAUACUCCCUCCAACAGGGAAUAUUUCAAGGAAGACGUUGAAGACUGUCCAUUUGACUCCUGGCUCUUAUUUUGUUCUCAUAGGAUCCCGGCACAGUCUAAAGAUCUAAAGGAGAACAAUUAGAGCUAAUUUCAAGGAGGUUUUUUGCCACUGUGGCCCACUUGUAUUGUCACUCAGUUUGCUACAAAAUCCAUAAUUUUGUUAACAAGAUGAUCUUCCAUUUCUAUAUUUGAUAGUGUUCUAUAUAGAGUAAUCAUUAUUUGGCUAGAACACAAAGCAUUUCCUGUUGUCUCUCCAUAUUUCUAUUAUAAGUGUACAUUAUAAAGCAAUUGAUGACUGCUAUUAAACUAAAGCAUUGUGGCUUGUUGGUUGCAGUAAGGAAAUUGAGAAUCAAAGUUCUGAAAUAUGUACAGGUAACUAAAUUGCUCUGAGCUCAUGUUCUAUCACUAGAUUUGUUAUUGGUUAAUUCCAGUCUGUUUCACAUAUGCACUGUGAUUGGAUAAAAUAAUAUGUUUUGUAUUUG